GCAGCGGAGAAGGAGAAGGAGAGGAGUGUAACAAAGAGACAGACAAGCGCCCCAGUGGAUCCAGCAGAAAUGUCCUCCAGGCCAAACGGGAGUCCGCCUCCUUAUGAGUCAGAUGGAUAUAACCCCCCUGUCCAGCCGGCCUAUUCUUACUACCCCGAUGACGAGUUCCAGCAUUUCUACCGCUGGACGUCUCCGCCCGGCAUCCUCAAAAUCAUGGCCAUCAUCGUCAUCGUGAUGUCCGUGGCCAUAUUCGCUUGCGUCGCCUCCACGCUGGCUUGGGACUCUGCCGGCGCUCUGGGUGGUUUUGGGUAUGGCGGGGGAACUUACGGAGGAGGAAGUUAUGGAGGAGGAGGUUAUGGAGGAGGAGGCUACGGCGGCGCCGGCGGCGGAUAUGGCUCCUUUGGCGGCGGAGGGUACGGUGCUGGAAACAAUUACGGCUACGGUGGACUCGGCGGGAACUACAAUGACCCCCGAGCAGGCAAAGGGUUCAUCAUCGCCAUGGCAGCCUUAUCCUUCAUCGCAGGCUUGGCCAUCUUCAUCAUCAUCGUGUCCCAUUCGAGUCUAUCGGAGAGCCGCAAGUUCUACCUGGCCGUGAUAAUCAUCUGCGCCAUCUUAGCGCUGCUAAUGCUAAUAGCCUCCAUAGUAUACUUGGUGGCGGUGAACCCAAUGGCUCAGUCUGGAUCUGCCUAUGGGAGCCAGAUUGCCGGUCUGUGCGCCCAGUUCCAACGGCCCCAACCAUCAGGAGUGUUUCAGAACCAGUAUCUUUACCACUACUGCGUCGUGGAGCCACAAGAGGCCAUCGCCGUGGUGUUGGGCUUCCUUGUCGCCGUCGCUCUGAUCAUCAUGCUCGUCUUCGCCCUGAAGACUCGCAAGAAGCUCCAGAACUACGGCAAGAGCAACAUUUUGUGGAAGAGAGUGAAGGUCAUUGACGAGAUGGAGCCGCCCCAAGACGUGGAGGCCUGGGUGAACAAUGUCUCCGUUGGCCCUGAAGUGCUCCCCAUGUCCGAUUACCCCGACAAGCUGAGGAGCUCCAGAGAUCGGCUGGACGAUGAGAGCACGAACUACGACAAACCGCCGUACAGCUACACGCCACCACCCGCAGUAGAAGAGGUGCCUCUGCAGAACGCUCCGUACAUCGCUAACUCUGAUGUACCGAGCUCGACGGGGAGGCCCAAAAAGAGACGAGCAGGUCGGCCGCGUCGCGCUGACGGACAGGACUACGACACGGACUACAACUCGUCAGGAGACGAGCUGGACGACGAUGACUUCGACAGUGAGUUUCGUCCGAUAGCGAACGAGCAGGAGCGCAACGACUACAAGCGCGAGUUUGACCGUGACCAUGUGGAGUACAAAGACCUGCAGGCCGAGCUGGACGCCAUCAACAAGAGCCUGUCUGACGUGGACCGAGAGCUGGACGAUCUGCAGGAGGGAAGCCCGCAGUACCUGGAUGCUCUGGACGAGUACAACAGGAUAAAGAACCGGAAGAAGUCUCCAGAUUAUCAGAUGAAGAAGCGCAGGUGUAAGUAUCUGAAGGCCAAACUGAAUCACAUCAAGAACAUGGUCAGCAACUUCGACCGCAGAGCCUGAACAUCGGGACGCCUGUCCAAAGACAGAAAGGGACUAAAACGUGCUCCGUCGUCGCCACCGCUUGGGAAGGAUUUGUCUUUACGACCGCGAGCAGACUGCAGAUGAAAAAGCUUCAGGGAUGUACAGAGAAGUGUCCGCAGUCUGUCUGAGCUGUUAGCUUCAGGAAACAUUGUUUGCUUAUACUUUGAAUGCUCUGCAAACAAAUACUGUGUUUUUGUGUUACCGCUGUUUGUAUCAUGAGCAUCUCCUGCCAUAGACACAAUUAGAUGUAUUUAUUUAACCUACAUCCACGGUUAGAUUUCUAAAUUAAAGGAUGCAUAAACGAGACAUUAUCUCAGCCGUUUCUAAAAUCUGUUGAUUGAGUGACUCCAUAUGAAAUGAUUGUUUUUUAAUUCAGUCUUUUAAUCCGCUUUUUUAUCAACAAUUUUAACAUGUUAAUGUGCGAGAAACUGUGAUUUUACUUAACUUUUUUAGCAGUUUGUGGAAGUACAUUUGUGUGUUUUGAGUGUCAUGGUAUGAUGUAUGUAUAUAAAGUUGAACAAACAGACACUUCUAAAUGACUAUGCAUGUUUAAUGCAAAGUGAUGUACUUUUCAAAUUAUUUUUGUUUGUAUUUUUAUCAUAAUAAAUUCAUUUAUUAAACAUU